ACAGCCUGUAGAAGAGCCCCUAGCGCCAGACAUUAGUACUGGCCUGGCUGAUUACUCCUACUAUCGGCUCCACAGCUCGAACAUCGCAGUGUUGUCGAGGCUGGAACACGGUCAGGCGUAUGGAGAGGCGCGCGUAGCUCCGGGACCUCUCUCCUAUCUCUCCGCGCACUACACGGACUACGAGUGUUUUUUUUUUUUUUUUUUUUGUGGCACCCAUCUGCGCUCUUUCCUGCGGUCUCUCCUCUCCACUGCAGGGCCUCGUCAGUUUACAGGAAAAAAAGUGGGUGUUUGCUGCUCACUGGUGUUCCGGCAGCGGCGGCGGCGGCGGCGAGCGCAGCGAAGUGUCCUCGAUGGCAGGCUGGAAGGACGGCUCGGUGCAGGAGAAGUAUCGGCUGGUUGUGGUCGGAGGCGGAGGUGUCGGGAAAUCAGCCCUGACCAUCCAGUUUAUCCAGUCGUACUUUGUCACCGACUAUGACCCCACAAUUGAAGACUCCUAUACCAAGCAGUGUGUGAUUGACGAAAGGGCGGCCAGGCUCGACAUCCUCGACACGGCUGGGCAGGAAGAGUUUGGAGCCAUGAGAGAACAAUACAUGAGGACAGGGGAGGGCUUCCUGCUCGUCUUCUCAGUCACUGACAGAGGAAGCUUUGAAGAAAUCUACAAAUUCCAAAGACAAAUUCUCCGAGUGAAAGACAGAGAUGAAUUCCCGAUGAUCCUUGUAGGAAAUAAAGCAGACCUGGAACUACAGAGACAAGUAACCCAGGAAGAGGGCCAACAGCUGGCCAGACAACUGAAGGUCACAUAUAUGGAGGCUUCGGCCAAAAUCCGUAUGAACGUAGACCAGGCUUUCCAUGAGCUGGUUAGAGUAAUCAGGAAAUUCCAAGAACAGGAAUGUCCACCGUCGCCAGAACCUACAAGAAAAGAGAAAGACAAGAGCGGCUGCCAUUGUGUGAUCGUCUGAGUCGGCCUUAUCACUGUAACUCAUGCAGCUACUCUCGACCACCCCACCCACUCUGCCUGACAUCACAUCCUAAGUGGAUGACUGACCGCUGCCUUCUCCACGUGCAUGACUUCAGACAGCCUUUUCUGAGAUACUUUGACCAGGAACUGCUGUCCCCAGGACAUCACUAUGGACAACUGACAAUGCCAAAUUUUAACACCACUCUACCUUCAGCCGUAAUCUAAUUCACACGAGAGAGUCCCAACACUAAACAUUGCCUUCUAAAUCAGCCUGACAAAUUAAUGUUUUGUACUCUGAAGGACUUCUCUUGCCUUGUAGUGACAUUUGUACUUGCUACCGAGAUUGAAUGAAAACUAUAUAUCCAGAAUGUUAAUGAGUUUCUAUAGUUUCCAGUGUCUGACCAGAGCAGAGAUUAUCUUAUGAAGCUUUGUGUAUGUUGUGCCAUAUCCACCUUUACUCCCAUGUGCUAAUCUGCUGUACAUAUGUGACAUUUGUUGUGAUUUUCAAAGUGUAUUUCUAAUGACCCAUUAAAUCACCACAGUACAGUGUGUGAGGUUGAGUUUGGUUUUACAUAUAUGAAAGUGAAUAUAUAAGUAUGUAUAUAAAUAUAAUGCCUAGACAGCCCUUAAAGCUACAAUGAUAGAACUCUUUGCCAUUCUGCAGUGGAUUCUUUACUUUGUCUGUGGUUUCUGCUUUCAUCUCAAUUGCCAAAUAUGAAGAGUCUGCUGUAAUAGAUGUUUUAAAAGUCUUAUAGAUCGAAGGAUUCUUAUCCUGCGCCAUCUCCUCAGUGUACCGAAAGUAGCAGCAUUGUCUGAAUUUCUUUCCUCAAAGGUGGCGAUUCAGUCAAAAUUGGAUUGUUUCAGAUUUCUAAGGCGGUAGAUAAAUUUAUCGGUAGCGCAUUGUGUAUCUUUGACGACUUAAAGAAUUUCAGCUCAGAACACUGAACACUGUAUCCUUUCUAUUCAGCUUUCCAUAAGUGAUGUUAACUAAUGCGCUUGUUGCAAAUCCAGAAGCUUUCAGAGCUCCGUUCAGUUCAGAUCAUUCCAGUGUAAAGCAUCUUCUCUGUCAAACACCUCGUCUGCAAUAUAGAUCAAAUAACUGUUAUACCAUUCCAGUAACACAGUGGCAAUGUAUUUGUUUCGUGUCCUUGAAUUAUUCUGUUCAAAAAUACCCCCCCCCCCCAAUGAUCUGUCAGCUGGAAAACUAGGACAAGUGGAAGCGUUGAGGUGCACAGCGUAAAACAGCCGUUCUCCAAUGGGACAUGAACUCAGCGGACCUGCCACCUGUGGAGCUAUCAUCACCACACAUACAGAAUACUCUUCUGCCUUCCCUCUCCACUUCUGUACUUCUGUUCAGGCAUACAAAUGAAGUACCGCAGUUUGCUUUUCAUAUCAUCAUCUUGUAAUAUAAGCAACAAGAAAAUCAGAUGAUGGAAGUAAUGGACUUGAUUAAAUGUUUCUACUCUACUUUUAUACAUUAUUUUCUUAUCAAACUAGUUGACAAGUAUUUUUAUAUGUUUAUAAGUGAAUACACAUUCACAGCACGGCUGUGUGUACAUGUAAAGAGGAGUAUUUAAUUCUCUUGAUGAUCUUAAAAACUUAAGAUGACUGUUGGCCCAAAUUUUCAAAAUUGGACUCUUCACCCAGAUGUGACCAAGAAUGUUUUUUUUUUCUUAUUGUGGCUUAGUAACCGAGAAAAUAUUUAUCUUGAGGUGUCCACCACCCAGCUCAGAGUGUGACGUGCCAGGUCAGGUGGGAGAGAGUCUUAGAGAUGAUUCUGGGAGCUUUAAACCACACAAAUGAAUAUUAUAAUCAUUGAGAUUUGAAAUACCCACUUCCCAUCUUCUUGCAAAUCCUAGUGUACAUCCAAAUCAUCCUGUUUUUGUUUCUUUUUCUUCCAUAUCCGUGUCUUUUGCCCUGUGUGUAGCUUUUGGUGCUAAAAUAAAAUCUGUCAUUGA